AUGGAAGUCUGCAUAUUCUUCCUUUAUGCUAUGAUACUUCUCCCAGGUAUUGCUGCCAGUGUGCCUAAGGUGGAGUCAUUUCUCAAUCACACUGCAUACCUAUCCUGCUAUUUUCCAAACUCUCACAAAACUGACAUAAAGGAUAUAAUAGUUUUUUGGCAAAAAGGGGCUGUUGAAGUGGUGCACGAAGUAUACUAUGGACAAGAAAAACAUGAUAACCUUAGUCCUAAGUAUAUAAAUCGCACCAAGAUGGAUAUGGACAAAUGGACCUUGCAAUUGUUAAAUGUAGGAAUUGUGGACGAGGGACAGUAUACAUGUAUCAUACAGCACAGAGAUAAAGGAUCGCCAAAGGUCAUACACACAUCCGAGUGCUUACUGCACAUCAUUGCCAACUAUAGUCAACCUGAGAUAGCAUGGCUGCACACUGGGGAACUAAAGCCCAACGAAUACUUGAAUCUUUCCUGUUCUUCCAGCGGAGGUUAUCCACAGCCCAAGCAGUUGACUUGGCUAAUUUCACAUGGAAACAAAACACGCAGGUCUAUGGGUCACAUGGAUGUCUCACAGGAUGCUGUAACAAAGCUGUACAAUGUUACUAGCAAGCUGAAUACCACAGUUCCUAUAAACACCCCCACUAACAUUAGCUGCUUGCUUCACCUUGGAGAGCAGCUGGGGAGCCUUGUCUCAGUGCCACUAGCCAUAGAGAUACAGGGUGAGGAAAUGGAGCAGGCGAAGAUAAAUUUCUUUGGCCCACUUAUAGCUGUGAUUAUACUGCUCACGCUUCUUUUGGGUGUUGUGAUAUUGAAGAAGAACAGAAAUAACUCAUCUGCAAACCAGGGUGUCAGUCUAGCAGUCUAGAGGUUAUCCAG